AUGGAGCCGCCGCCGCAGCUGCAGAGCGAACCAACAAGUGAGUCGACUGACGACGCCGGCUCGCCGGUGCCUGGUGUUUCGAUCGGUGCCGCUGCAGGUUCGCUGGGCUCGGACUGCAAGGGGCUAGGGAUCGACGUGAUCAACGGGUCCACGCCGAGCUCGUCGCCGCCUGCACCCUUCUCCUUCACCGUCAAGAAGUCCGGCGCCGGAGCUGCUGCCGCGGCGCCUGCUGACACGCUCCUCGGGCUGCUCUUGCUGCUCACCUUCUACGGGCUCCAGUAG